ACUAAUCACAUUCCCAUCAUCCUCAGCUGUACUUUGUGUUUAGAGCUAAUUGGCAAAUAUUCACAUCGUGUUUAACUCAAAUCACCUGCUGUGCCUAAAUACAACCUCACAGCUGAUGCCGACAGAAUUAACAAGCUCAUUAAGAGGGCUGGUUCUGUUCUGGGAGUCAAACUAGAGACUCUGGUGGGUGUCUGAGAGGAUGAAGCUGCAGAAACUUCUCAGCGUCAUGGACCCUGCAUGCCUCCCUAGAAGGACAUCAGAGCCCACGCAGCAGGAGACUCAUUACUCCUCGGAGCAGGAGGAGAUCCUUUCUGUUGCUUUAACUCCUCACUUUGCAGGGAGAUCACCUAAAAACCCUUUCAACUUGGUGCAGACGCAGCCACACAAGCCUUUGAUCCAUUUCAAAGAUGAGAUUUAUUCCUACCAGGACGCAGAUGAGCUCAGUAACAAAGCCGCCAGAGUCCUCCUGCAGACUGGACGCGUCAAAGAAGGAGACACGGUCGCGCUGUUCGUCGGGAAUGAGCCGAUAUUUUUCUGGCUCUGGUUGGGUUUGGUGAAGCUCGGAUGUUCUGCAGCUUUUCUCAACUCCAACAUCAGAUCCAAGUCGCUGUUACACUGUUUCAACUGCAGCGGAGCGAAGACUCUGGUGGCAGCUGAAGGUAAGAUUUCAUUCAUGUUUUCAGAGGUGGAAGAAGAGUUGAGAGGAUUUAUGGAGCAAUACUUCUAA